GGAGGUGAAUUAUAACUUGCUAUACGCGCAUUCGGGGAUAUAAAGCUUCUUCCCACCAUGCCAGGUUCUGUGUUGUGGGCAGUAGAUGUGUAUGGAAGGGUGUUCCACCUGUUUGCCGAGCGAGGACGCUGGGAGCGAUGUGAGGAGAAUCAAGUGGAGCUGAAACGUGUUACUGCUUCAGAUCAGUGCUGCUGGGCUAUUGGCUUCGAUCAGCAGGUUUACCUUAAUGUUCUCCCUAGUGAUGAAGUCAUACAUCAUCAAGAGGAAACUUAUGAAAACCAGAGAUGGAACCCAGUGGAGGGAUACACAGACACACUGCUGCCCACAGAUCGCUGGCCAUGGACGGAUGAGUGGGGAAUGAACCCUCAGCCUCUGCACAGCUUCCACCUGCCAUCCGAGAACUGGGAAUGGGAAGGAGACUGGUACGUGGAUGAUGAGAGCUGUGGAAGAGAGUCUACGGCCACAGGGGGUUGGGAAUAUGCUGUGGACUUCCCUACCACCUUCACCAAGGAGAAGAAAUGGAACUCUUGUGUCCGGCGCAGGCGAUGGCUUCGCUACAGGAGAUAUAAAGCACUUGGAUUAUGGGCCAAGGUGCCUUUAGACAAGGGUCAGCCUCCUCCAGACCCUUUUGGUGAUAUUAGCUGUGGAGGCUGGGAGAUGAGUGACCGACCAGACAAACCUAUCUCUCUGUGGGCUGUGUCUCAACAAGGAAAGGUAUGGUUCCGCUCAGGUAUUCAGCUGCAGAAUCCAGAAGGGACAGCGUGGGAGCACAUUCCAGGACCGUUCCCUACAGAAGUAGCCCAGGUGAGCGCCGGCCCUGGUGACCUGCUGUGGGCCGUGCUCUGGGAUGGACAGCUGCUCGUCAGAACAGGCAUAAGCAAGCAAUGCCCAAAAGGUGUAUCAUGGGUGAUGGUUGAGCCUCCAAACAAAACAAGAGCCAUCCAUGUAGCAGUGGGGGUUUGUGUGGUUUGGGCAGUCACCAGGGACAAUAAAGUAUGGUUCCGAAGAGGUGUGAACUCUCAUAACGCCACUGGCUUAGACUGGAUUGGUAUUAGUGGAGAGAUGGUGAUGAUCAGCGUUGGGCCAAAAGACCAGGUGUGGGGGAUUGGCAGUGAGGACAGGACUCUCUAUUUCCGCUACGGAGUAACUAACACUGAGGUCACAGGGAGAGCCUGGGUCCCUGUUCGUGCCCACUUGGACACUGAAACUACCCACAGGGCCGGUGCCGCUUCCCUCAUCGACGCUGAACCAGCGUCACCACAUCGGGGCUCGGUACUAGGCUGUGAUGAUUUGGACAAGGGUUCUCUCUCCCGGGUCACCAGCGACAGCUUUAUCUCCGCCUUGGUGGCUGAACGCAACACACCCACACCUGAAGUGGAUCAGGAGGACUCAAAGGAGGCCGGGCCUUCUCAGAAUUCUGUGCUUCCUUCUACUCGAUCGAGAUCCGGCGAGUUACCGUGGAGUAACGUGGACCUGGCAGAGAUGAACGCUCUUCCAGCCGGCGCUGCGCAGAGACCAGUGGCUGUCUAUCCCAUGGGGGAAUCCGUGCUACAGGAGGAGCGGCCUCCGUGGGCCUGGAUCGCUGCAGGACAGUGUGAGAUAGACACCGGCUCUCACAUCAGCUGGAUGGAAAUACGAGAUGCAGGGCCUCUGUCUCCCUCCAUCACUCCUGUGCUUAAUGUCACAGGUUCUCAGGACCAACCAGCAAAGACAAAAAUGCAAGAAAAAGAGGACUCUAUGGAACGGUCUGUCAGGGUGAAAAAAGGUACAAUGUACUGGUGGAGAGACUGGACACCCCAUCAGUGGGACGAGGUGUGUGUGAUCCUGGAGCAAGUCAGGGGCGGAGCAGCACCCAAUAAUGACAUCCUUUAUAUUUCCUAUACACACAACCAGGAAAGAAAGUACCUGCAUGCCGUGAUAAGCGGAGUGACCGCUCUUGUUCCGGAACAGUCGGAUUCUUUAUACGCGCUUGCUGUGUAUACUGCUGAGAGGACGAGGCAGAGAUGGCCUGUUCGUCUAGCUACAGAGUCCCAGCAAGAUAUGGAGAACUGGCUCUCACUCUUAAAUAAGUGUUGCUGUGAGGCCAGGGCUCUCCAGGGUCCUCCCUCUAAACAAGCCCUGUGGGCCGUCAUCUCCAAAGGGGACAUCAUGGUGCACGAACCUUUGCCCAACCUGGAAGCACCGGCUCAAUAUUUACCAUGUGAACAGAUGUUCUGGCGUCAGGUCCCUGGUCACCUACAAUGUGUGGAGUCUAACAGUCUGGGUGUGGUAUGGGGUGUCGGCUAUGAUCAUACCGCUUGGGUCUACACAGGGGGCUGCAGGGAAAACCAAACCCAGGAUAACGAAGCAUGUAAGCACACAGUGUCGGACGUCAGGAAUGUCUACAUUUACGAGAACCAGCGAUGGAAUCCUGUCACAGGAUAUACAAAUAAGGGGCUCCCCACCGACCGCUACAUGUGGAGUGAUCAACUUGGGUUCAAGGAAUGCACCAAGGAGAACACCAAACCUCCUUCACCAGAGUGGAUAUGGGUAUCCGACUGGGCUGUAGACUACAGCACUCCAGGAGGGACUGAUAAAGAGGGGUGGCAGUAUGCUGCAGAUUUUCCAGUGACAUUUCAUGGUUAUAAGACCAUGAAGGAUUUCGUGAGACGAAGACGAUGGGUCAGGAAGUGUAAGAUUACUUUGGCAGGUCCCUGGCAAAAAGUUCCGCCCAUUCCUGUGAUUGACGUUACUAUCCUGCCCUGUCUGGCACAGAGCAGCCUGGAGCAGGUACCAGUGUGGGCCAUCAGCGAGAAAGGAGACGUGUUGUGUCGUCUGGAGGCCACUGCACAGAAUCCGGCGGGCACUUCAUGGCUCCAUAUAGGGACAGAUCAGCCCUUUAAAUCCAUCUCGAUUGGAGGAGGACACCAGGUGUGGGCGAUCGCCCGGGACGGUGCGGUCUUCUACCGCGGCUCAGUUUCAGCCCAAAACCCUGCAGGUGAAUGCUGGUACCACAUCCCCUCUCCUAACAGACAGACUCUCAGACAGGUGUCUGUGGGCAGGACCUCUGUUUAUGCUGUGGAUGAAAACAAUAAUUUGUGGUACAGACAAGGACUGACCCCCAGUUACCCUCAGGGUUCCGCUUGGGAGCUUAUUUCUGGCAAUGUCUGCAAGGUCUCUGUUGGACCACUGGAUCAGGUUUGGAUAAUAGCUGAUAAAGUGUCAAGUCAUCCUGCAGAAAGCUGGGGCACUGUGUGCCACAGGCUGGGAGUGCAGCCCAUGCAGCCUAAAGGCUUAUCCUGGGACUAUGGGAUUGGGGGAGGAUGGACGCACCUGUCGGUAAGAGGAAACGCCACCGAGGCUCAGCGCAGCAUCCCCCACAGUCCUCAGGUCAGCAGAAGCCCUGUGCAGAUCAAUGGAGACACUGCAGGUUGCUGAACCUCCUUAACCGCAGAACUCCUCAUCCAUCUUCACCCAGCUCUCAGAAUGCACAGGCUGUUUAACUUCAUGCCUUCCUAGU